AUGGGCAUCGACACGCAGCCAAAGCGCUUCUACAGGGCACUGCUCAGUUCAAAAUGUUCCUUCUGGAGCACCUAUCACCUGUCCCACUGGGUCUUUGGCCCCGCCCUCUGCAGGGUCCUUGUCGGUGCCUACUUCGCGGGCCUGUACUGCGGGCUGAUGUUCCUGACCGCACUGACCGUCGACCGCUACGUGACCGUGGGCCUGCUGUUCCUGCUGCCGCUGGCCUUGGUGGCGUACUGCUAUGCCCAGCACCGGACGGUGACCGUGGUGCUGUGCAUCGUGGUGGCCUUCUUCGUCUGCUGGGGCCCCUACAACGCGCUGCUGGUGCUGGAGGCCGUGUACGGGAUGGGGGGCAUGGACUGUGACUCCCGGGCGCGGAUGGACCUGGCGCUGGCCUGCACCCGCGUCCUGGCCUACUGCCACUGCUGCCUCAACCCCAUCCUGUACGCCUUCACCCACAGGUUCAGGGCCCACCUCGCCAAAAUGUUCCUCUGCUGUCGCCCGCGGCAACCUGGAGCUGCCAAUGAGGGGGCGGGGGUGGGGGUCGGGGGCGGGGCCUGGCACCGUCCAUAA